UUUUGAAUAUGUGAAAACAAACACCAGGCUAGAUGUCAGCACUUCAAAGACGUUCCAUUUUUGUCUAUGAAUGUACUAAGCUUGAGUAGACCAUCCAUAAAGGCAAAUUUGGAAUUUAUUUGUUUGGUAAUUAAUUCGAAAUGGGAAACUUAGUUGUACGCACUUGGGAUACAGCUGUGCAUCCUGAACUAAAUCCUCAGCCUUAUGGCCCAACUACCUUUGAUCCUACAUUGGGAUUUGGUCCUCGAAAAGAAAGAGUGAUGAUUGCAACAGAACAGGAGUUGAGAGCUUGUAAAAUUCCAAAGGAACAAUGGGAUUUCUGUGCACAUAAAUUUUUAGCUGUAGAAAAAUGUAGAAAUGAAAACUGGCCCUUAGCAUGGAGAUGUAAAAAUGAAGCUCAUGAAAUGAGCAAAUGUUUACAUGACGAUUAUAUACUACGCAUGAAGGAGUAUGAAAGGGAGCGCAGAUUAAUCCAAAGAAAGGCACGUUUAGAACAAGCUGCAGCUGCUUAAAUUCUGUAAAAAAAUAUUAAUAAUUUUUUGAUUGAAAUCUAGUAAUAUUAUAAACAAGGGAAAAAUUCUCUUGUUUUUGUACAUAAAUCUACAUUGUUUCAAAUAUAAUUCUUGAUCAGUAAAUGAUUUUGUUCCUAUUGCUUGAAUUAUUUGAUUGAGAGAUAGUAUUUUAAUUAUUUUGAGAUCUUAAUUUAAGAUGAUGAAUAGAUAUACAAUCUUUCUAAAUUUUAGAUGUAAAAUUUAUCUCUCAAUAAGUUCAUAAAGCUCAUGUAAAAAUACUAUUAAGGUUUUAUUUUUGGCAACCUAAAAUACUUAUGUCUGUUCUGCACAGAAUGGCCUAGCAGUACUUACAAUUUUAAUAGUAGUACUGAAAACCAUUGAAGAUACAAGCUUAGACAAGUAUCUAUCUUUAUUGGUAAAACUGAGUGUUAGUGAAAAUAAAAAAUGAAAAAAGAAAUAAAAUAAUAAUGGUAAAA